ACUUCCAGUAUAAAAGCCCGCGCUGCGCUCAUUGAGCCGCUCCGCUCAACAAGUUCAAUACAUGGAGAAGAUACACACCAAACGUUUGGAGGAGAUACCGGAGCUUCAUAAGCAAGAUUCAGGAUGGUCUAUACCGCGGCUCUGCUCUUUGGACACGGAGUGCCCGUCAUGACUGAGGAAGAAAGUGUCGUGGACAUGAUAGGAAAGUACUUCUACCAGCUCACAUCCUCGGGCCGAAAGGUGACUUCAGCCCGGCGGGGGAGCGUUGAAAGCUGCGACGAGACGGAUAACAACUCGCCAUUUGCCAACUUGGACGCUGGUUUGGAGCAUGAAGAGCGGCUCCUUCAGCAGGAUGUGACCCGGCAGAUAGAGCAGUGUCUGACAGAGGCCAAAGCGUCCACCCUCCACUGCCAGGUGCUGCUGCUGCCUCGCCAGAUGACCACCAGAGUGGGCCAGGACGUGGUGCGCUCUUCUGCCGAUGAGCCCUGUGGGCUCCGCGGAGCUUUCAUCAAGCUCUUUGUGGAGCGUAAAGAUGGCCUGAAGUCUGUGGGAAGCAUCUCCUCAGAUCCGAGUGUCACCCCGACAUUUGAACUUUCUGUGAUCUUCAAGGCAGACAAAGAGGACGGCUGGCCGCCACUUAUGCACAUCUUUGGUACCAACAAAGUGUUAAAGCUGAGACCAGAGUACCGGCUGGUGAAGAGGAAGCUCUACUCCUCUGCCAGCCCCGUCAUUCACGAUUUCAGCUAGGAGGGGGAGUUCAAGAAUGUAAAUCUGUUUCAUUGUUUACCCCGUUUUAUGAAUGUUAUUCCUAACUUGAGUGCCCCCUUAGUCAUAUUUUUUUCCCUCUACUGGUGGUUUGUUCUUCUUCAUGUAUGAAUGUCAGGCGGGAUGUCAGUUUCCCUGUUUAAUACACUCUGAGGUCAAUGGCAAUUUUGCACAGAAUGGUUGAAUGUUAAAAGUGUACACUGUAAACAGAAUGGGCAGGUCUCACUCCUGAAAUGUGCUGAACUUUUGUUAUUUAUGCAACUGUAAAAUAAAUUUUAUUUUAUUUUUACAUUUAC